AUGGAGAAAACAGAAAAUGAAGAAGAAGAGCAAAGGAAAAGAGCUGAUGCCAGAAUUAAAUAUUUGAUGUUCUUAUCAGUGAGUUUCACGUUUAUUGUAAAAAAAAACUCGAAUUGUUCAUUCCAGAAAUUAUCGGGAAGUCAAACUGACAUCGAAAUGUAUGAAAAUACAAAUGUUCGAGCAACAAUCACAGCACCGCAAGCAAAUUCCGAACAUUUUAUUGUAUCAAAUCUGGAAACACCAAUUGGAAAAGUUGAAAAAGCGGUUUUGAGAUCAUCGGAUAUUGUGAGGAUUACUGUAGCUGCAAGUGAAAUAUUGAGGAAUAAAGAAAAAUAA